AGUACAAACUCAGCUUCAAAGAAAUGAUGCAGAGGAAUAUGUGUCCCGGCACCACGAGGAGACCUUUGGCAGUGAGGAGACGACCCAAAUUCAUCUCAGCUAAGGACGUCCAAACCGCCAAAACAAGGAGGAGGAGAGGUUGUGCGUCAUCUCAGCCUGGUAGAGCAGUGACAGGAGUCAAGACCAUGGAGUUCUACUCCUCCGCUCUCCCUCAGUCCCACAGUUCCACACCGAUCGCUCCUUGUAUUACGGUCGCCAGCGCGCUGCAAACGUUGACCGUGUCCACUCCCACUUCCUCGUAUGUGACCCCGCCCCCUGCGAUGACCCUACCCCCUUUUGUGAGUCCUCCCCCAGCACAGACUUCAGGCAACGUGACCACAGCUCACAUGUUAACCCCAACCCCCUUGGCUUCCAGACAGCUGUCAUCUGAGGUAAAUGUUUCCAGUCCUUCCACCAAACUACACACAGGGUCUUCUCUGAGUUCAGUGACAAGCCCAUCCAGGGACCUAAGUGUUGACGACUUGUUUUCCGAUCGGCAUCAAGUCAUAUCACCAAGCUCCAAGUCCUCCGAUCCGGCUCAGGUUUUGCCUGCAGCCUCGGCUGUGUCAACAGCAAAGCCCUCAACUCCGGUUCCAACUUCGUCCAGAUCCACCUCCGGUUCUUCUGCCUCGGCAAGCAGUCAUCCCUCACAAACUGCCCAGAUCAAACACGGGGGUUUGACGUUGACGACUAGCAUUGAUGAUUUGCGAGCGUUGGUCGAUUCGGAUUUAGUACUCACAUCACCAAACUAUGUCACAAAUCCCUUUUCUCAUCCUCUGUCCGCCAAGUGCUCAGAUCCGGCUCAGGUUUUGCCUGCAGCCUCGGCUGUGCCAACAGCAAAGCCCUCAACUCCGGUUCCAACUUCGUCCAGAUCCACCUCCGGUUCUUCUGCCUUGGCAGGCAGUCAUCCCUCACAAACUGCCCAAACCAAACACACGGACCAAAGCGUUGACGACUUGUUACUGGAUCUGGAUCAACUCAUAUCACCGACCCAUGUCACAAAUCCCUCUUCUCAUGCUCUGUCUGCCCAUGUCACAAAUCCCUCUUCUCAUGCUCUGUCAGCCCAUGUCACAAAUCCCUUUUCUCAUCCACAGUCCACCCAUGUCACAAAUCCCUCUUCUCAUCCUCAGUCUGCCAAGUCCUCAGAUCCGGCUCAGGUUUCACCUGCAGCCUCGACUGUGCCAACAAUAAAGUGCCAAGCUCCCGUUCCGCCGCCUUCAUCUAAAUCCACUUCCGGGUCUUCAAUCUCGUCAAGCAGUCAUACUAAUAAUAGACUGUCCAUCUCCGUGUCUUCAGGCUCACCAAGCAGCCAUCUUUCCCAAACAGCCCAAACCAAAUACAGGGACCCAAGCGAUGAUGACAAUUGGCUAUUGGUAGAUCCCUCAGCGGUCCCGAAGACCAGAUCGUUGGCACCGAGCGAUCCCCUCAGAUCCACUGCAUCGAAACAACGAGCCGCCGCCGCUAGUCGCGCUCAGUUCUCGUCCGUUUUGGAGUCGUCUCUGUACGCGUCCACCGCUGGCUCCGCCGCGGCACCGGUGCCACCCCGCUCCAGAAGGAUGUCUCCUCCUCCUCCUCACAUGUCUACCACCACCACAUCCUUCUCAGCCUCAUCAUCAUCAUCAUCCUCACCGGUCUUUUGCUACGCCAGUCCAACUCCACCGCCGAAGAAGGACAAGUGCAUCUUGCUUUGAUUUCCUUAUUGUUUUUUUUUUCUUGAUUGGUUUAUUAUACUGAAUUGAAUAGAUAAUGGCGGGUCUCCACUCCUCCUCCUCCUCCUUCCCUGCCACCACCUGCGGCUCGGGUUUUGACUGCAGCCUCGACUGUGCCAACAGCAAAGCCCUCAACUCCGGUUCCAACUUCGUCCAGAUCCACCUCCGGUUCUUCUGCCUUGGCAAGCAGUCAUCCCUCACAAACUGCCCAAACCAAACACACGGACCUAAGCGUUGACGACUUGUUACUGGAUCUGGAUCAACUCAUAUCACCGACCCAUGUCACAAAUCCCUCUUCUCAUGCUCUGCCCGCCCAUGUCACAAAUCGCUCUUCUCAUGCUCUGUCCGCCCAUGUCACAAAUCCCUUUUCUCAUCCGCUGUCCGCCAAGUCCUCAGAUCCGGCUCAGGUUUCACCUGCAGCCUCGACUGUGCCAACAGUAAAGCGCCAAGCUCCCGUUCCGCCGCCUUCAUCUAAAUCCACUUCCGGGUCUUCAAUCUCGUCAAGCAGUCAUGCUAAUAAUAGACUGUCCAUCUCCGGGUCUUCAGGCUCACCAAGCGGCCAUCUUUCCCAAACAGCCCAAACCAAAUACAGGGACCUAAGCAGUGACGACAAUUGGCUAUUGGUAGAUCCCUCAGCGGUCCCGAAGACCAGAUCGUCGGCACAGAGCGAUCCCCUCAGAUCCACUGCAUCAGCUCGAGCCGCCGCCGCCGCCAUCAGCCGCGCUCAGCUCUCCUCCGCUUUGGAGUCGUCUCUGUACGCGUCCACCGCCGGCUCCGCCGCGCCGCAGGUGCCACCGGCCUCUAGAAGAGCAUCCCCUCCUCCUCACAUGUCCCCUGUCCCCACCACCACAUCCUUCUCAGCCUCAUCAUCCUCAUCCUCACGUCCCACCCCACCUGUCUCUCGCAGCGUCAGCACGCCAAGUCGAGACAUAUACAACACACCCACAUCUCAUAUGUCGACUGCCACCACAUCCUUCUCAGCCUCAUCAUCAUCAUCCUCACCUGUCUUUUGCCACCCCAGUCCACCUCCACCGCCGAAGGACAAGUGCAUCUUGCUUUGAUUUCCGUAACCUCCUGUGGCACGCUGUAAUAGACCAAUGUAAUAGUUAACUAAUAGUACUACACUACUAUGACAGUGCACAGGGCCUUUAGUAAUACAUUACGACUGGGUCAUUGCCAUUCUGGUAACAGUUCAUUUAUAAUGCUGUGUCUUAAGGGGUUAUUGAUUUUUUUUCCCCCUUGAUUAGUUUAUUAUACUGAAUUGAAUAGAUAAUGACGGGUCUCCACUCCUCCUCCUCCUACCCUGCCACCUCCUCAUCCUCCUCCUCCUCCCCUGCCACCACCUCCUCCUCCCCUGUCCCCUGCCACCUCCUCCUCCUCCCCUGUCCACUGCCACCACCUCCUCCUCCUCCUCCCCUGUCCCCUGCCACCACCUCCUCCUCCCCCUCUUCAUCAUCCUCCUCCUCCCAUGUCCCCUGCCACCUCCUCCUCCUCCCCUGUCCCCUGCCACCUCCUCCUCCCCUGCCCCCUCCUCAUCCUCCUCCCCUGUCCCCUCCUCAUCCUCCUCCUCUUCAUCAUCAUCAUCGACACAUCCCACCCCACCUGCCUCCGAGUCGAGACAUGUACAAUACACCCACAUCUCACAUGUCGACUGCCACCACAUCCUCCUCCUCCUCCUCUCACAGCGCCAGCUCUCCUCCCCUGUCCACUGUUACCACCUCAUCGUUCUCAUCAUCAUCCUCAUCAUCAUCCUCACAUCCCACCCCACUUGCCUCUCAAAGUGCCAGCACACCAAGUCGAGACAUGUACAAUACACCCGCACCUCACAUGUCGACUGCCACCAUUUCCUCAUCCUCCUCUUCAUCAUCAUCCUCAUGUCCCACCCCGCCUGUCUCACCACCACCUCCUCCUCCUCCUCCUCCUCCUCCCCUGUCCCCUGCCACCACCUCAUCCUCCUCCUCCUCCUCCUCUUCAUCAUCCUCAUCCUCAUGUCCCACCUCACCUGUCUCUCACAGCACCAGCACACAGAGACAUGGAGACAUGCACAACACACCCACACCUCACAUGUCUACUACCACCAUCUCCACCUCAUCCUCCUCCUCCUCCCCUGUCCCCUCUUCAUCAUCAUCAUCAUCAUUAUCCUCAUGUCCCACCCCACCUAUCUCUCACAGCGACAGCACACAGAGACAUCGAGACAUGCACAGCACACCCGUAUCUGGUGCUUUGUAGAGGACAAGCAGUGUUGGCAGAUGUGUCUGACCAAAUCCCGCCCAAAAGCUUCUCAAAAACAGCCAAAAUGUGUUAAAUUCCGCCCAAAAUCAACAAAUUACAUUGACUUCUAUGGGCCCAAAACGGCUAAAAAAAACCACCAAAUGGCCCAUUUUUCCCUUUUUUCCCCACCGACGCUCAUCCCAAGGGCACCCGCCCAAUCUGGCAACACUGAGGACAGGCAGUGAACACAAGGUGAAAAAGAAGGAGGACUGCAUCUUUCUAUGAUUCCAUUAUUGCUUGUUUCUUUCUUCUUUCUUGAUUGACGUACUAUUCUGAAUGUAAUUGAUGAUAAUAAUGAAAUAAUGUAAUAUUGUGAAGUGUUAUUUUACCAUCUUACGUAAACUACACUAUAGGUGUACAGCCUUCUCAGUGCCAAUUAAAAGUAAUUCAGCAUUACUGUUUUGAUUAUUAAAUGCUACUCCUUUGAGAUGAAUGGCCAACAUCAUCUAAGAAAAGUAAACAUUAAUAAAAUUAUUAUUUAUUACACAGACAAGCCUAUGUGCCAUUGUAAUUGUCCGUAUUAACAUCUUAACAAUAGGCUAGUUUACUUAACGUAAGGCCGACAGAUAUCUCAGCUAUCGAAGUUAUAGUUUCAGUAACAUCAUAUUUGGAUACUACAAUGUUGAUUUCUCCCAUCGAUUUUCAUAUCACAGUAAUACAGUGUCAAACUAAAGAGCACUUCAACAGAGUUGAUCUGGUGGCCGUCAUGGUUAUUUGUUGAUUCACUGGUGAGGACAAGCUGAUCACUGGAAGUAAAUGGACAGCAUUAUGCUAAUGCUGCCCAUUUACUUCCAGUGAUUAUGCUAAGCUAUGCUAAUAAUUCUGAUCCAAUAUAUCUGCGUACGGAAAACUCUGAGAAGAAAAUCAUAUGCACAUUCAUGAAUA